AAAGGAUGUCAAAGUAUAUUGUUAUUUGUUACUAGAAGAUAUAAUCAUAAUUUAAUAUGGUAAUGCUAAAAGGAAUUCCGAGUAUUUUAUCUCCUGAACUUCUAUUGGUUUUGGCCAAAAUGGGACAUGGUGAUGAAAUAGUACUUGCCGAUGCGAACUUUCCUAGUGCCUCAGUCUGCAAGACCAAUGGUGCUGAACUUAUUCGAGCUGAUGGCCUUGGUUGCACAGAUCUAUUAAAAGCAGUAUUAGAGCUUCUACCAUUAGACACGUAUGUUGAUGCCCCUGUGUUUCUAAUGGAAAGAACUCCUUCUGAUAAAAACAUUGAUUUGAAAACACCUAUUUGGGAUGAAUUCAAAAAUGUAGUAAAUAAUGCAGAACAGCGUCAUGUUUGUAUUAAGUUUGUAGAAAGGUUUGAUUUCUACGAACAAGCAAAGAGAGCUUGUGCUGUUGUCGCAACAGGCGAAAAAGCUCUUUAUGGCAACAUUAUCUUAAAGAAAGGAGUAAUAAAAACAUCCAAUUAAGUUAUUCUUGUUCAAACGUAGGUUAUAAGUACCGGAACCAGAA